CAACAUGGGAGGCUCCGCCCUAACUGAAACUCAAAAGGUAGCAUAAGCGUUAGCAUUGCUUUCCAACUUGCACUUUUGCAGCCUUUAUUAACUUCAACUUCAUUGUUUCUGUCGCCUUCCUUCGCUUUGCUUUUAACGUUAACUUGCAAUUGCAUAAACUUUCGAUAACUACGUGCUCACGCUUCAAUUCCAAGCUGUGGUGUGGUUUUUCACUUCACGCUUCAAACCCAAUGGCAGCCUCAGCUCUCUCCAACAGAUUGGUUUCACCCAUUUCUCUUCCAUCCAAACCCAAACCCAAAGCCAUUUCCUUGCAACCCAAAUUUUCACUUGUCAAAUUCCCCAACACCAGAUUCCAUCCCUUGUCGAGGAAAACGACGUCGCUCACCACGUUUUGUUCCUCCGAUGCUCCUCAGCAUGACACCCCAAUUGAAUUAAGGUAUCCAGCAUUCCCAACCGUCAUGGACAUCAACCAGAUUCGUGACAUUUUGCCUCACAGGUUUCCUUUUCUUCUGGUGGAUAGAGUGAUUGAAUACAAUCCUGGAGUUUCUGCAGUGGCUAUAAAGAAUGUGACAAUAAAUGACAACUUCUUUCCUGGACAUUUUCCAGAAAGGCCCAUCAUGCCUGGUGUUCUAAUGGUUGAGGCAAUGGCACAAGUUGGUGGUUUGGUCAUGUUGCAACCUGAAGUGGGAGGCUCUCGUGAAAACUUCUUCUUUGCUGGAAUAGACAAAGUGCGGUUUCGUAAGCCUGUGAUUGCUGGGGACACCUUAGUUAUGAGAAUGACACUUACUAAGCUGCAAAAGCGAUUUGGAAUAGCAAAGAUGGAAGGGAAGGCAUAUGUUGGAGGCGAAGUUGUGUGUGAGGGUGAAUUUUUGAUGGCGAUGGGGAGCGAAUAAGUAGACAUGCUCCUUCCAAUUGGAAGAGUUUAUUUUCUUACAUCUUUAAUUAAAUUAUUCUGCUUUUUAAUGCAGAACAUUGUGAACAUUUAAUUUAAUGUAUGCAUUUUCAAUGAAAUUUAUCUGAACAUUCUGUUCUAUUUCUUUAUGGCUUUGCUUUGGCUAUUUAGUGCGAAAUUAUCUUUGAUGGAUGAACACUUUGGCUUUUGACC